UAGAUAUGUCAGAGUAAAGUCUCUAAAAGCUAUUAUAUGAUAAUAUAAAGACCCGUCUCUGUCUGUGAUCCCAACCUAUCCUCCCCUCACCUUUGGCAGCUAUAAAGGAGGCUGGAACAAAGGCAGCAGACAUCAACCCAACUCAGCUCACAGAGAGGAGGGCUAUAUACACUUACAAGGUGAGGAUGACAUCCACGGCAGAUCAGCUGGCCCGUCAGCAGGACAGGGAACAAGGCAUUGGCACAAACGAGAAAACAGUGAAGUUCUCCCAGCAGGAUUAUGAGACUCUGCGCCAGCAGUGUUUGAAGAGUGGACGCCUGUUUGAGGACAACUGCUUCCCAGCUGAGCCCACAUCACUGGGCUACAAUGAGCUGGGACCAAACUCAUCCAAAACCAAGGGGGUUGUUUGGAAAAGGCCAAAGGAGCUGUGCUCAAACCCAAAGUUCAUUGAUGAUGGAGCCACAAGGAUGGACAUUUGCCAAGGAUCUCUGGGUGACUGUUGGCUUCUGGCUGCAAUAGCCAGUCUGACUCUAGACCAGGACAUCCUGGCUCGCGUGGUGCCCCAGGAACAGAGUUUUACUAAAGGUUACGCUGGGAUAUUUCACUUCCAGAUCUGGCAGUUUGGUGAGUGGGUGGAUGUGGUGAUCGAUGACCGUUUACCAACAAGAAAUGGAAAGCUGCUGUUCGUUCACUCAGCGGUGGGCUUAGAGUUUUGGAGCGCACUGCUGGAGAAGGCCUACGCCAAGUUGUAUGGCAGCUAUGAGGCCCUGAAAGGAGGAAACACUACUGAGGGGUUUCAGGAUUUCACAGGAGGGAUUGCAGAAGUAUACUACUUAGACAAAGCUCCACCGAAGCUCUUCCAACUCAUGCAGAAGGCCCUGAGCCUGGGUUCACUGCUUGGUUGCUCUAUUGAUAAAAAAACCGAUGCCGAGACAGAGGCAGUUACACCUCUCAAUCUUUUCAAGGGACAUGCAUACUCAGUCACUGGUGCAGAGGAGGUUCAUUUCCAAGGCGAGCCGGUUCAGCUGCUUCGCAUCAGGAACCCAUGGGGUAACAAGGAGUGGACUGGGCCUUGGAGUGAUGGGUCCAGUGAAUGGAACAAUGUCAGCAAAGAUGAGAAAUCAAAGUUGAACCAUGCAGCUGAUGAUGGAGAAUUCUGGAUGUCCUAUUCAGACUUUAUCAAGCAGUUCUCCAGGCUGGAGAUCUGUAACUUGACCCCAGACACGCUCAUGAGUGGUGAUGUGGCCCACUGGAAGCAUUACCAGUUUGAAGGGACAUGGAGGGUGGGCUCUACUGCAGGCGGCUGCAGCAAGUUCUCAGACACAUUCUCGUCCAACCCUCAGUUUGUGGUGCACCUGGAGGAUUUGGAUGAUGAUCCCCUGGAUGGGAAGGAUGGAUGUACCUUUCUGGUUGGGCUCAUGCAAAAGGAUGGGCGACAACAGAAGAAGCUCGGCCGCAAACUUGAGAGCAUUGGCUUUGCCAUUUAUAAGGUCCCAGACCAGUACAAAGGCCAAAGCAAUGUUCACCUGGGUCCAGAUGUCCUGCUGCGACAGAGACCUGUGGCCAAGUGCUCUUUCGUCCCUACACGGGAAGUGUGCAACCGCUUUAAACUUCCUCCAGGAGAAUAUGCCAUUGUUCCCUCGACCUUCGAGCCUGACAAGAAUGGCAGCUUCCUUCUCAGGGUGUUCUCUGAGAAACAUGCUGCAGCCAGAUCAACAUGAAGAUCUCUAUCUUUGCUGGUGUUCUGCUGAUCUCUGCUGCUCUCAGUCUGCAGAUGCUCAGUUUGUGAAUGCAAACUUGUUUGAAUAUAAGCAUAUCAACCCUAGGAUGACUGCUGGCUCAUGUACCAAUGUGAUGUAUCGCAGAAUUAACAGACACAACAACAACAACUGUAAGCACAUCAAUACCUUCAUCAUAGGGACGCUUGAUGACAUCAGAACCGCCUGUAGGACCAAUGGAGGAAGAGGCUAUUUCAAUCUUGUUGUCUGCACCAGUAACCAACCCUUGCCUCCGUGUACUUAUACUGGUGUGCAUCAAUUUGGGCCAAUUCAAGUCCUUCGUGACAACUACCACAAUCCUUAUCACUUUGUAGAGUAAUCAGUUACUACCUGAUGAAUCAGAGUAACUUGUGUCUCUUGUUGAAUAAAACACAUGUGACAGUUUAA